AGAAAAAACCAGCCACUUUGUCAUUAGGGAUUUUCUCUAAGCUUUAAAGUUUAAAGCAGUAAGGGGGAGAGAGAGAGAGAGAGAGAGAGAGCGCAGCAGCUGCUAAGCAGAAGAAACCCUCAAUCCCCCCAUCUCUCAUUCAUCAACCAUGGCCGUCGGGAAGAACAAGAGGAUUUCCAAGGGUAAGAAGGGAGGCAAGAAGAAAGCUUCCGAUCCAUUUGCUAAGAAGGAUUGGUAUGAUAUCAAGGCUCCUUCAAUCUUCAACAUUAGGAAUGUUGGCAAAACUCUAGUUACCCGUACUCAGGGCACCAAGAUUGCUUCUGAGGGUCUCAAGCACCGAGUUUUUGAAAUUUCAUUGGCUGAUCUUCAAAAUGAUGAGGAUCAAUUCUUCAGGAAGAUCCGUCUCAGGGCUGAGGAUGUUCAGGGCCGUAAUGUGCUCACUAACUUCUGGGGUAUGGACUUCACCACAGACAAGUUGAGGUCCCUUGUUCGCAAGUGGCAGACAUUGAUUGAGGCUCAUGUUGAUGUCAAGACCACUGACAACUUCACCCUCCGUAUGUUCUGUAUUGCCUUCACAAAGAGGCGCCCUAACCAGGUCAAGAGGACCACCUAUGCUCAGUCUAGCCAAAUCCGCCAGAUCCGCCGCAAGAUGCGUGAGAUCAUGGUCAACCAGGCUAGCUCUUGUGAUCUUAAGGAUCUUGUUGCUAAAUUCAUCCCCGAGUCUAUUGGCAAGGAGAUUGAAAAGGCUACAACUGGCAUCUACCCAUUGCAAAACGUGUACAUCAGGAAGGUUAAAAUCCUUAAGGCUCCCAAAUUCGAUCUUGGAAAGUUGAUGGAGGUUCAUGGUGACUACUCCGAGGAUGUAGGUGUAAAGCUAGACCGGCCAGCUGAGGAAACUGUUGCUGAGGGUGAGGCCACAGAAGUUGUUGGUGCUUAGACAAAAUCUGCUUCAUGUUAUCACAACUCCAUCUCAUAUAUGCUUACAAUUUUGCUUGCGAGUUAUGUCUCCCACAUUGCUGAUUUAGUAUGGCCUGAAUGUGACAUUCGAUAUUGAUAACGAGGCCAAGCUAAUAAGUACUCUAGCGCUCUGCUGUUAUUGGUUUCAGGCCAGGUCUCUACUCUGUAAACCAGUAGUUUCGUGUAUCAACAUGCCAUAUCAAGUUCUAUUUUUAGGAUCUCGUCAAAAAAAAGUUCUAUUUUAGGAGAUAUUUAUAGAGUAAAUAUAAAAGUUGGGUACUAAAGUAUAACAAAUGUUGCAGUUUUGGUACUGAACUUUGGGAUGUUGCAAAUUGGGUACUAAAGUUUGGAUUGCGUGAAA